AUGAACAUGGAUACGAGCCCCAUCAACUUUCUCCCUUCGCCCGAGAACGACUUCCCGUUUCCUUUCGCAGAGGAGUGUCCUAACGAUGUCUUCCAACCAUUCUGGACACCACCCGCGCACUGGCAGCUCCCUGAGUUGCACAUCCACCACAACGUCAACACGUCGCGGGUGGAGAAUCAGAUUUGGGUGCGGCUGACCCUGACUCCUCUCCCAGAAGGCGCCACGAAGCUGCACCUACAGCGCAACACAAUUGGGAGACCAAAGCUGCUGGCAAAAGAUGAACACAGGGUGAAGUCUCCCGACACUUUGGAACUCCAUACGUUCCUGGUCCGAGGCAGCGCGAUGAAGGACAAAGACACGAGAAUGAGAGCUUUGGAAGAGGCGAGCCGACGGAUCCGGGAACCACACAGACAGGAAACCCACGCAUUGCCGACCGAGGCUGGGGGAGAGGUGCGUAUUUGUGACCGCUGCAUGUUCCGCGAACGCAAGCGUGCGUCGCGCAAGAUCAGGGUCGACAAGGGACAGGAGUCAUGGGCUGAGGACGAGGAAGAUCGUGUCGUGGUUUUCAACGACUCGGAGUACAUGAGAUGGGAGCAGCCGUCGUCGUCAGGUGCAGCAGAAGGAGCGAUGCAGGUGGAGCUGCGGAUGCGGAUAGCAUGCUACUGCCGCCACCACAAAGAGCAAGUUGGGUUCUGUGUCAUCUUCACCAUCGCCGAUCACAAAGGCAACCAGAUUGCUCAGCGCAUGACGAGCCCGAUCCUUGUGACGGACCGACACAAAAGUCUCAUCCUGGGACCUCUCGCCGAGCACUGA